AUGUCGUCAAUCAAGACAGUUGCGGUAUUCGGCGCUACCGGUAGCAUCGGACGCUUUGCUCUUCCAGCUCUACUGGAAGCCGGCUUUGAGGUGACCGUUAUCACUUACUCAAUUGUGGGAAAGUCAUUCCCACCACAGGUGAAGAUAGCCAUCACCGACUUCAGUCCACAGUCGCUACACCAAGUGUUGACAGGACAAGACGCCGUGCUGUGUGUCUUGGGUCAUGCUGUAUUUGACAGGCAGAUUGAUGUAAUUGAUGCUGCUGCGAAGGCCGGCGUCAAGAGGUUCAUCCCAAGCGACUUUGGAACUCCCAAAGGGCCCAACGACGUCCCGGAGUACCGCGCUAUCCUGAGGAAAAAGGCACAAGCACAAGCGCUUCUGGAGGAGAAGGCCAAAGAAGACGGCAACUUCACUUGGACUUCGUUCUGGAAUGGUCCUCUUCUGGACCGGUCUAUGGCCCUGUUUCCCGAUUUUGGCUUCGACCUCAAGAACCACUCAGCUACGAUUUACGACUCAGGCAACGAGCCCUUCACAGCUAUGAGCAUCGGAAAGAUUGGCAAGCCCAUCGCUGCAGUCUUCAAGCAUCCCGAGGACACAAAGAACCGAUAUGUCAGGCUUUCUGCUCUCACAACCUCACAGGGAGCAAUCCUCGAGGCGCUGGAGAAAUUGACAAACCAGAAGUGGGAUACUACCACGGUCAGCACUGAUGAAGCCAGGCGGGAAGGCAGGAUCAAGUUGGAAAGAGGUGACUAUAAAGGGGCAUAUGUUGGAUUUCUCGUGGCUCAGCUCUAUCAGGAUGGAGCCGGCAGAUCUGUCCUGGACGGGGCAGAUAAUGAGUUGCUCGAGGUUGAGCCCGAAGAACUGGAUGAGAUUGUCAGCAAGGCGCUUGCUUGGGUUUAG